AUGAGUUACAAAUCUGGGAGGUCAACUUCCUCUUCUGAGAGUGUAAGGUCACCAAUGGUAAAAGAAAUUGCUAAUGAGAAUGUAGCUUGGGAAGAAAAUGUUAAAGGUUCUGGGAACAAUAAUAGAGCUGAUACCACUACUUCAAUGCGGAGACUAAGUGAGGCUCGAAAGGCAUCUGAAACAGGAAGAUUAUCGAGAAAUAAGCUUUCUCCUUUGACACCACUGAAAAAAGAGUCUGGUGAGAUGGGGUCCUCUGUGAAACCUCAGUCUUCUUCCAUGGGGUUUACAUAUUCCUUACCCAAUCUAAAGGCUUUGAACAGUUUUUCUGAUGUUGAGCAAGCGCGCAUGAUGCGUAACUAUCUGUCUGGUGGCGUAAGUCAGGGCAAUAGUAACAAUUAUGUAGAUCCGCUAUAUCGUCAACUGAAUCCAAACAUGGGCGGUACCAAAAAUAAACCAGUUUGGAGUCUAAACCAGCCAUUACCACAUGUAUUGGAUCGGGGUUUGGCAGCAAAGAUGAUACAAAAGAAUAUGGAUGCGAGAUCCCGUGCAUCUUCGAGACGAGGAUCAACAGAUAUCUCGAGAGCCGGUUCUACUACCUCAGUAAAAGAUUGGAAAAGGCUCCUCAGAGGUGGAGUACCAAACAAAAAACUUGGGGAUAUCGAAGCGCAAACACAACGCACAAAUACUGUUGAUUUAGAUGUCGCAUCCACCACAUUGGGACCUGAAAACCCUCAAAAGCCUUCUAACAAGCACAUUGAAAACGUUCAGCGUAAAAAAAAGCGCUCUCUACAUAACGUCAACUUUUCUUUUGGUGACGAGAGCUAUGCAUCCUCUGUAGCUGAUGUAGAAUCUAGAAAACUGAAUGACACGCAAACUAUUGAUGGUUCUACUCCAACUUACGCAAAGCUUCCUGAAGAACGCAUUGAAGAGAAAAAUAAAGAUGUGAGUGCGUUAGACGGUAAUGAAAUUUGUGUCUCGGAAGAAGACGAUCAGAGUCCCAUGACAUUCCCAAAUUAUUGGGCGAAAAUUCGGUAUCAUAUGCGAGAACCAUUUGCAGAGUUUCUCGGGACGCUUGUACUUGUUAUUUUUGGUGUUGGUGGCAAUCUUCAAGCAACGGUAACCAAAGGUAGUGGUGGUUCGUAUGAAUCCCUGUCAUUUGCAUGGGGUUUUGGUUGUAUGCUUGGUGUUUAUGUCGCAGGCGGUGUUAGUGGUGGUCAUAUCAACCCUACUGUUACAAUUUCAAUGGCAAUAUUUCGAAAAUUUCCCUGGAAAAAGGUUCCUGUAUAUAUAGUUGCUCAAAUUAUUGGUGCUUAUUUCGGAGGAGCUAUGGCUUAUGGUUAUUUUUGGAGUUCGAUUACAGAAUUUGAAGGAGGUCCACAUAUAAGAACUACAGCAACUGGUGCGUGUCUCUUCACCGAUCCAAAAUCUUACGUAACGUGGAGAAACGCUUUCUUUGACGAGUUCAUAGGUGCCUCUAUACUUGUUGGUUGUUUGAUGGCACUGUUGGACGAUAGUAAUGCCCCACCCGGGAAUGGUAUGACCGCAUUAAUUAUUGGAUUUUUAGUUGCUGCAAUUGGUAUGGCCCUUGGGUAUCAGACAAGUUUCACCAUCAACCCAGCGAGAGAUCUUGGCCCUCGUAUAUUUGCUUCUAUGAUUGGUUAUGGUCCACAUGCUUUCCAUCUUACACACUGGUGGUGGACAUGGGGAGCCUGGGGCGGUCCAAUUGCCGGUGGUAUUGCUGGUGCCCUCGUAUAUGACGUAUUUAUUUUCACUGGAUGUGAAUCUCCAAUUAACUAUCCCGAUAAUGGCUAUAUUGAGAAUAGGGUAGGUAAAAUCUUGCAUGCUGAAUUUCACCAGCAUGAUAGUACUGACUUGCCAGCGAUCGAAACUGAAGAUAAUAGCAACAGCAAUGCUGGUAGCAAGAAAUCUACCCCUAUUACGUCCUAA